AUGAUGAGGGAGGAGCCGGAUCAUUCCGGCCCCCACGCCCCUUUACUUGCCUCGGCCGACACACCCCCGGUGCAAGACCACGAUGACCAAGCUCUAGCGUCCGAGCUGAACUAUUCCGGUGGAUGGUUCAUAUGGAUCCUAACAUUCUCCGCGGGUAUCAGCGGACUUUUGUUUGGUUACGACACUGGCGUCAUAUCCUCUACCCUCGUGACCAUUGGCUCAGAUCUGUCCAGUCGUCCACUGGACACCCUUGAUGAAAGCCUCAUUACAUCCUGUACGAGCUUGUUUGCGUUGGUGGCCAGCCCCUUCACCGGGGUCCUGGCUGACAAGUGCGGCCGGCGGCGUGUUAUCCUUGUUGCAGAUGCCCUUUUUGCUCUAGGCGCAUUAAUACAAGCCUCCACGAGUAAUGUGUGGGGCAUGAUAUUAGGGCGCAGUAUCGUUGGGCUGGCUGUUGGAAGUGCUAGUGCCGUGACUCCACUGUACAUUUCGGAGAUCGCACCAUCGCAUGCAAGAGGACGGCUCGUCACAAUCAUGUGCCUGCUGAUCACUGGAGGUCAAGUCGUAGCAUAUAUUGUCGGUUGGCUGUUUUCCGAGACCUCCGGCGGAUGGCGUUGGAUGGUGGGACUCGGGAUGGCCCCGGCAUUUCUACAAUUUGCCUUUCUUCUCAUCCUGCCAGAAACACCCCGCUGGCUGGUGCAGGCAGGUUUCGAUUCCCGAGCCAUGAACGUCCUGGGUCAGAUCUAUCAAGACUGUCCCGACCGUGACCGCGUUGUGGCUCAGGUCAUGCGCAAUAUCAGAGGUGAAAUUAUCCAGGAGGCGUUGGAGAUGGACCAGAUGAAUGCUCCUGGUACGAAAUCACAGUGGCUACAUGAUGCCUCGCAGCGUGCACAUGAUCUCUUUUAUGAUGGUGGCAACAGGAGGGCCCUGAUAAUAGCCAUGAUGCUCCAGGGGCUUCAGCAGCUCUGUGGAUUCAACAGCCUGAUGUACUUCUCAGGCAUCAUCUUUACGUCGCUCUCGUUUUCCUCGCCGACAUUGACUUCUCUGACGGUCGCAGUGACGAACUUCACCUUCACCCUCCUUGCAUUUUGGCUAAUCGAUAGGGUUGGAAGACGGCGUAUUUUGCUUUAUUCAAUACCCGUCAUGAUUCUCGCGUUGGGCCUUUGUGCCAUUGCGUUCUCUUCAUUAGACAUUCCAUUUGACGCUCACCCCAGGCCUCAUGGCGAUGACGCCGACAGCCAGACUUCGUUUUACCCCCUACUAAUUCUAUUCUGUUUAACUGUCUACACUGCAUCCUACGCUUUCGGACUUGGCAACGUGCCGUGGCAGCAAGCAGAGUUAUUUCCUCUGAACGUCCGUUCUUUGGGAUCAGGUCUCGCGACGGCAACGAACUGGGGAUCAAAUUUCAUUGUGGGGCUCACCUUCUUACCGAUGAUGGAGUGGUUAUCUCCCACUUGGACUUUCUUCGUCUAUGCCGUUGUAUGCGCAUUUGGAUGGGUGGCUGUAAGGGCAAUCUAUCCGGAGAUGAGCGGACUUGGUUUGGAGGAAGUCAAAGGCUUGUUGGCAGAUGGAUGGGGUGUGGAAGAGAGUCUCCGGCGACGACAUGGCUUCCACGGGCGUCAAUAG